GUUGAGUGGAUGAAGAUUCUUUCAAGUAUACGAAAGAUGCCUCCUACACAAACACUUCAGUUUCUUACUUUAGUCCUUAUUUUCUUUACGAAUGGCCAAAGCAUCAAUGCCAGAGAAUUGAAAACAGAGCUGCAAGAUCAUAAACAUGUGAAUUCAAAUGAUGAACCUUACAUUACUCAAUAUGGAGGUACUAAACCAAAUCAAGAAGCUUCAUAUACCACCACAAAACACAACAACCAUAUAUCACACCUUGAAAAGCUAAUUGAGAUCAAGGCCUAUGAAGAAAGUCAACCCAAUUACAUUGUUGGGUAUAGGACCAAUACUCAUGGUUCUAAUGAACCUUACGUAACGGCUUAUGGUAAACAUGAAGCCAAACAAUCGGAUUAUAUUGUCGGGUAUAAGACACAUACGUCAGAUUCUAAUAAACCUUACAUCACGUCUUAUGGUAAACGUGAAGUCAAACAACCUGAUUACAUUAUCGGGUAUAAGACCAAUACCCAUGAUUCUAAUGAACCUUACAUAACGGCUUAUGGUAAACAUGAAGCCAAACAAUCCGAUUAUAUUGUUGGGUAUAGGACACAUACCCCAGAUUCUAAUGAACCUUACAUCACAUCUUAUGGUAAACGUGAAGCCAAGCAACCCGAUUACAUUACCGGGUAUGAGACUAAUACCCAUGAUUCUAAUGAACCUUACACAACGUAUUAUGGUAAACACGAAGCCAAACAACCCGAUUACAUUACCGAGUACAGGACCAAUACUCAUGAUUCUAAUGAACCUUACAUAAUAGCUUAUGGUAAACAUGAAUCCAAACAACCCGAUUACAUUACUGGAUAUAGGAUCCAUACUCAUGGUUCCAAUGAACCUUACGCUACUUCCUAUAGUAAACAUGAAGAUAGGGUCCAUACCCAAGAUUCUAAUGAACCUUACAUAACUGCUUCUUAUGGUAAAAAUAAAGCCAAACAAUCUGAUUACAUUGCUGAAUAUAGGAUGCAUACCCAUGAUUCUAAUGAACCUUACAUAACUGCUUCCUAUGGUAAAAAUGAUGCCCAGAAACUCAAUUACAUUGUCGGGUAUAGGACUCACGCUCAUGAUUCUAAUGAACCUUAUAUAACUACCUAUAACAGUCAUGAAUCCAAGCAAUCCGAUUACAUUACUGGGUACAUUGGGUACACAUCUGCAGCCCUUGACCCAAAAGGUCCCCCAUCUACCAACUCAGAAAAUCUAGAAGGACCCCCCUCUUCUAACUUAGACCGUAGAGAAGCUUUCAAGGUUGGUUUUUUCAAUUUGGAUGAUCUUUAUGUUGGAAAUGUAAUGACCCUCCAAUUUCCAACCCAAGAGGUUUCUAAUUUCCUUUCUAGAAAGGAGGCUGAUUCAAUUCCUUUCUCAAUCUCACAACUCCCAAGUGCUCUUCAACUCCUGUCAAUCCCUGAAGAUUCUCCUGAAGCUAAUUCCAUGAGAGGAACAAUUGAACAAUGUGAAGGAGAAGGCAUCACAGGGGAGACCAAGUUAUGUGCUAGCUCUCAAGAGUCAAUGCUCGAAUUUGUUGACAAAAUAAUUGGUUCAGACACCAAGCAUAGCAUUCUCUCAACUAGCAAACCUUCACCCUCUGCUAUCCCACUUCAGAAAUACACCAUUUUGAAAGUAUCAGAUGACAUUAAUGCUCCCAAAUGGGUAGCUUGCCAUCCCCUGCCAUAUCCAUAUGCCAUUCACUAUUGCCAUUACAUAUCUACAGGGACAAAAGUGUUCAAGGUCACACUGAUUGGUGAUGAAAAUGGAGAUAAAAUGGAAGCUCUUGGCAUUUGCCAUUUAGACACAUCUGAUUGGAACCCAGAUCAUAUUAUAUUCAAGCAACUAAGAAUCAAGCCUGGAAAGAAUUCUCCAGUGUGCCACUUCUUCCCUGUCAACCAUCUUCUGUGGGUUCCUUUGCAACCUUCAAAAACUACCAUGUGAAACAACUUCAUAUAUCUAAGUGUGUGUAAUAAAGAUCCAUCAAUCUUACCAUUCUGCAACAACUAGCAAUAUGCUGCAUGUUGUCUUUGUUUUUUGUAUAAAUAAAUUAAUUAAUGCGCUAUGUAUAAAUGAAUUCCCAUUCCCGCAACAGGUUUAAAGUACUUCAA